AUGGCUUCCUACGAGAAGAACGGUUACGACGUCGAAUACCAGUAUCCUGUCACCGAGGGCGAAAAGCACGACUCGGUGGUCGGCCCGGACGCCCCAGGGGCCGUUCACGGAGAGUCCUUUGACAUUGGGGACUCCACCUAUGCAAAACUUCAACGUCUUGCAGCCCGGUUCCAUAUUGAACAGCGAGGUAUUGAGCGAGUUCCUGAGGAUGAGCGGACGGACAAGAGUACUUUCAAAGUCGGCACCAUGUGGCUUGCUGCCAACAUGGUUGUCUCUUCCUUCGCCAUUGGCGUCCUCUCUGUGCCCGUCUUCGACCUCGGCUUUGUCGACUCGGUGCUCACCAUUUUCUUCAUCAACUUGCUGGGAAUCUUGCCCGUCUGCUUUUUCUCCACCUUUGGUCCUCGAUUCGGCAUGCGCCAGAUGAUCCUCGCGCGCUUUUGGUUUGGGUAUUACGAUGUCAAGAUAUUUGCCGUCUUCAACUGUCUGGCGUGUCUUGGCUGGUCUUCUGUCAACAUCAUUGUGGGUGCCCAAUUCCUCCGUGCCGUCAACGAUAACAUACCAUCGGCGGUUGCGAUUAUCAUUCUUGCCGCGGGAACCUUCUUCAUCACCCUCUUCGGCUACAAGGUGGUGCACUUCUACGAGAUGGUGUCCUGGGUUCCGUGCUUUAUCAUUCUCCUCAUCACCUUGGGAGAGUUUGCUCGUCGGGGUGACUUUGUCAACAUCCCCAUGGGCAGCGGCGAAGGCGAGGCAGGCUCCAUCUUGUCCUUUGCUGCUUCAAUUUUCGGAUUUGCCACAGGCUGGUCUGCCUACGCCAGCGACUACACAUGCUAUCAACCUGUCAAUACGUCACGGACCAAGGUCUUCUUCUACGUCUUCUGCGGCCUGCUCUUCCCUCUGUGCUUCACCCAGAUGCUCGGCGCGGCCAUUGCUACAGCGAUCCCCACGCAUCAGUCGUACGCGGACGCCUACGCCAAGAAUGCCGUGGGAGGUCUUUUGCAUGAGGUCCUUGUUCCGCGCCUGGGUGGCUUUGGGGAAUUCUGCCUGGUCAUCUUGGCUCUUUCGACGCUCGCCAACAACGCACCUAACAUUUAUUCUCUCACGUUCUCUUUGCAACUCCUGACCCACUAUGCGCAGAGAGUCCCGCGAUUCCUUUGGACCCUGAUCGGAACCGUCAUCUACUGUGCCAUAGCCAUCCCAGGUUUUAGCCAUUUCGAAUCAGUGCUGGAGAACUUUAUGCUGGUGAUUGGCUACUGGCUCGCCAUUUACGAAGGCAUCGCUCUGCCAGAACACUUCAUCUACAAGGGCGGGUUCUCCGGCUAUGUUCCGGAGAAUUACGACCAGCCGAAGAAGCUGCCUCCUGGCAUUGCUGCAUUGACUGCAUUCCUCUUCGGCGUGUUCGGUGCUGCGAUGGGAAUGGCUCAGGUGUGGUACAUCGGCCCCAUUGGCAAGCUGAUUGGAAUCGGGUACGGUGGUGACAUUGGUUUCGAGCUGGCCUUUGCGUUCACCGCGGUGACAUAUAUACCACUCAGAUGGUUGGAAAGGAGAUAUUUCCACCGAUAG